AUGGAUGUCUUGUCAAAUCCUGAGAUUGGAGUCUUAGAAGAGGUUGAAAGAAGAUGGGAAGAGUUGAAUGAAGACUGUUUGGUGAUUGUGUUUGAAAGGGUGGGUCUGGAGUCUCUGAUAUUUGAUGUUCCAUUGGUGUGCAAGUUAUGGUACAAAGCCACUCUCAAUCCUCAUUGUUGGACUAAUCUUGACUUCUCAACAAGUUUUUUAAUGUCUGCAAUGUUAAGAUUCUCACAACCCAUGGAUGUGAACAACUUUUCGAGCAUACUCUCCGAUGUUCUGAUAAAUUUCUUAAAGAUUGCUGUCAAACGAAGUUGCGGGUCUGCAACCAAACUUGCCCUCCCAGCUUGCUGUACACCAGGGGCAUUACAAUAUGUAUCAGAGGAGUUCCCAAGUUUGAGAGUUUUAGAUAUGGGAACUGAACUGUGGGACUAUGGCAACUGGGGUGAUAAGACAAUCAACUGUAGUGACUUGAAUCUGUUGCAUCAUAAAUGUAUUGAGUUACUCACUCACCAUUUGCGUAAAUUUGUAAGUAAAUGGGAGGAUUUGGAGCACCUGUCCUUGCUAUUGAUCCCAAAAGACUCAUUUAAAGAUAUCCUCACACAAAUCAGCCUUAGCUGCAAAAACUUUGUUGGGCUUUCUACAACUGGUUCAGUAUACACUGAAGAAGCAAUUGCUAUCGCAACUGCACUCCCAAAAAUUAGGUAUUUAAGGCUUAGUCGAAGUACACUGCCAAAGAAUAGCCUAAAGAUAAUAUUGGAUGGUUGUGAGGACUUGGUUUUAUUGGAUGCAAGGAAUUGUAUUCAUUUUGAGGAGGAUGACAAAGAGAUAUUGGAGAUAGCAUCUCAUAUCAAGACAUUCAUGUUUGAGGGUUCAACAUCAUUCUGUUUCGACCCUUUCAAAUCAUACUAUACCAACUAUUUAUUCCAUCAAGCCAUUACAAAUACUAAUAACUAG